UAACGAAAAGCAAAGUAGCCAAUAGCCGGUGAGUAUUCUACGAUGGGAAAAAAAGCGGAUCCACCGCCGCUAGUAAACAAGUUACCGAAACCAGAAACAUGGCGUCGUCGGCCGGGUCAGGAGCGACGUUCGGCCCGGGCGCCGAGUGCACGGUGCCGGCUUGCAUGUUCGCCCCGGACCGGGGUUGCGCGGACGGUUCAUGCGGGGAAGAGGUCUUCGAGGACGGCGAGGGGACCAACGGCGAGUCCGGCGGUCUUUUGGACUUGAGCAACAAGCUGCUCCUGGUGAGUCCUACGGGGGAACAGUACGACGCCCUGAUGCGACACCUUCGGGAGCGACUAGACGAGGGCUGCGGAGAAACCAUCUAUGUGGUCGGAAUGGGCUCAGACGGCGGCGACUACGGUCUGAACGACACGGACAUGGAGGCGUCCAUCGCCACGGUGAGGUCGCUGUGCGAGCAGAUCGAGGCGGACCUCAUCCCGCUGAGAGAGAGGACGGAGGCGGGCGGUAAGAUCUGCGACUACCUGAUCCGCCGGCGUGUGGGCGAGCAGGACUUCCUGGAGGUCAGGGUGGCGGUGGUCGGCAACGUGGACGCCGGCAAGAGCACCCUGCUGGGCGUUCUGACCCACGGCGAGCUGGACAACGGUCGAGGCUUUGCCCGCCAGAAGCUCUUCCGGCACAAACACGAGAUGGAGAGCGGCAGGACCAGCAGCGUGGGGAACGACAUCCUGGGUUUUGACCACGAGGGGCAGGUAGUCAACAAGCCCGACAGUCACGGCGGAGGCUUGGACUGGACCAAGAUCUGUGAGAAGUCCUCCAAGGUGAUCACCUUCAUCGACCUGGCGGGACACGAGAAGUACCUGAAGACCACCGUGUUUGGCAUGACCGGACACCUGCCAGACUUCUGCAUGCUGAUGGUUGGCAGUAACGCGGGCAUCGUGGGCAUGACCAAGGAGCACCUGGGUCUUGCUCUGGCUCUGAACGUCCCGGUGUUUGUGGUUGUCACCAAGAUAGACAUGUGUCCCGCCAACGUCCUGCAAGAAACCCUCAAGUUACUACAGAGGUUGUUGAAGUCUCCGGGCUGCAGGAAAAUACCAGUCUUGGUGCAGAACAAAGACGACGUCAUCGUCACGGCGUCCAACUUCAGCUCGGAGAGGAUGUGUCCCAUAUUCCAGAUUUCAAACGUGACGGGAGAGAACAUGGAGCUCCUGAAGAUGUUCCUCAACCUCCUCUCCUCCAGAACCAACUUCAACGACGACGAGCCCGCAGAGUUCCAAAUAGACGACACGUACUCUGUUCCGGGCGUCGGCACGGUGGUGUCGGGGACAACGUUACGAGGGAUGAUCCGUCUCAACGACACGCUGCUCCUGGGGCCCGACCCCCUGGGCACCUUCAUCCCCAUCGCCGUCAAGUCCAUCCACCGCAAGAGGAUGUCCGUCAAGGAGGUGCGCGGCGGACAGACGGCGUCCUUCGCCCUCAAGAAGAUCAAACGCUCGUACAUCAGGAAAGGAAUGGUGAUGGUCUCCCCGAAGCUGGCGCCGCAGGCCACCUGGGAGUUUGAGGCGGAGAUCCUGGUGCUCCACCACCCAACCACCAUAUCCCCGCGCUACCAGGCCAUGGUCCACUGUGGAAGUAUCCGUCAGACCGCCACCAUCCUGACCAUGAACAAAGACUGCCUGAGGACCGGCGACAAGGCCUCGGUCCACUUCCGCUUCAUCAAGACGCCCGAGUACUUGCACUGCGACCAGAAGCUGGUGUUCAGAGAGGGGCGCACCAAAGCUGUGGGCACCAUCAUGAAGCUGCUGCAGUCCGUCAACACCCAGGCGGCCAGGGCGCAGCAGGCCAAGAUGCUGGCCGGCAAGAAGAGCGCCGAGGAGGGCCGGCCGCUCAGCCCCAACGCGGCGUCACUCACGCUCAAGUCCGGAGGCGGAGGACGGCGACGAGGCGGCCAGCGACACCGAGGGAAGGGCGGCGCCAACGCCACCAACACGCCGCCAGCGGUCCCGGCAUCGGCGAGCGCCGUUUGAAGUGAGCCCAGACCCUUUUUUUUUUCUUGCAAGUGUUCGCCUCCGUUCUCUCUCGCUCACAAAACUCGGCAAAGUGGUUCUAGAACGUGGUCAAAGGUUCAGGCUGACGUUUGCUCGCUCGGUGUCGCCGCCAAACAAGAACGAUGCCUCCACAGUGUUUAGUAGAACGGAACCUCACCCUCUUUUUUUUUUAAAAAGAGCCGACUGACGCGCCGGCAAAGCUCGACCGCUGCCUGGCGAGUGCGAGAAAACACAAGCCGGGACAAUCUGUAUUUUAGUUUCUCUCUUCACGACAAGGGAAGAAGAAUGUUGUGUGUGUUGAGGUGCCAAUCACGCCGUUUAAAUUAAACGCUUGUGAUGGGAAUCCUUUUUCAAUAAAGCUGCUGCAAAAACUUG